ACCAAAAGCUGCUAACGUUAUUUAACUUCUUCAACAAACAUUAAUUUAUGAACAUGAAAUGGUCUCUUUAAGUAGGGAAACCAAAUUAGUAUAAACUAUAAAUUAAUCAUUAAGUAUAAUACUAUUACUAGUACUAGAAACUAACUGUAAGUAAUAAUGACCAGCUAGUAGUAAUAUAUUAACAACACGUAAAUGUUGUUGAUAUAGUCUCCUUAUUACUAAUGCAAUAGAUAACUAACUCAAAACUUAGGUUUUUAUUAAACUUAUGAAAAAGUGGGUAGAAAAUCAGCUUCGUGGUGAAAGAUGAUUAUAUUUCAGCUUGAAGAAAGUGAUGUUUCUUUACAGGCCAUUUUCUACAUUUAGUGGUCAAUAUGUAUGUCAGUAAUUUGGAUAUUUAUUUGAAAAAUAAUAUUUUAACAGUUUACUGAUCAGAUUGAGAUGCUUUUAAAGGAUGAUUCUUUAAUUCAGAAGAACCAGACAUUUACUGUUCUGAUAAUGAGAGAAUUAGGUUCUUCAGUGCUUGGAGCUUGGACAUUUUUUGCUUCUGCUCAUGGAACAGACAUGUGUGGCAUCAAUGGCUUGCCUCUUACACCAAACUCAGUUAGAAUUCUUGGAAAAUUUCAAAAGUUGAAGACAAUAGACCAUCCAAGAUUGUGUAAAUAUCUGGAUAUAAUUAGGGGUAAACAUGAACGAUUGAUGGUGGUAAGUGAACACUACAAGAACAAUAUUCAGGAGAAAAUGGUUAGAGGUGGUUCUGUCAGUAUCCAAGAUAUAGUGCAGUUUGCAUUUGAUGCCUUAGAUGCUCUCGAGUAUAUCCACCAUCUUGGUAUAGUGCAUCGUUGUUUGUGUCCUCAGAAUUUUCUCAUUGAUAACCAGGGUCGUAUAAAGUUAUCUAACUAUGGACUGUAUUAUAUGACAGAAAAUGGCACAUGUGUUCCUUUUCCUAUUGGUACACCCAAGUACAUUGCUCCUGAAGUUUUAGCUGGUGAUGUUCCUACUAUUGACAAACAUUUCAUGCCAACCACUCACGUGCCAUCUGGGUUCAAGUCAGACAUAUGGUCAUUUGGAAUUAUACUACUAGAGCUGACCAUAGGAGAGAUGCUGUGGCCAAACUUCACUCUGGAGGAAACAUUUCAGACUCUUCUUUUGGCUGUACAAGGAACAAACAAAAGCUUCUUAACAACGCUCACAACAAAUGAUACAGUUCACAGGAAACUUGAGUUACUUCCAAAGUCUUUGAAGUAUCUAAUUGAAGAUUGUCUCAUUGUUUCCCCUUGUAAGAGGCCAACAGCAGCAGAACUUUUAGAACACCAUCUCUUUAAAGAAAACAAUCUUGGAAGGGAGCUGAGAGCUAGUUUUGUAGAAGAACUAUUCCCAUUUGUUAGUCUGAGGUGCGAAAAACUGGAAAUACCAACAAAAGCAACUCGCACAA